GUUGGCUCGUAAAUAAAAUCAUAGCCGUUCCCACUUCCCUGCAAAUCGUCCCCUUUUCUUCUAGGUAAUUAUUCCCACACCUUCGUUUACCAUACAACACAUUCCUCACUAAAGCUGUCUGUCUUACUGUGCAGCGUGGCCCGUCCGCUCCGUUUUAUUAAAAACCAAUUUCUGUCUCUCGUUAAAACAGACCCCUCCAGCUAAUACACAACCUCUUAAUAAAUCUACUCCUGUCUCCCCGAACCCUGUGCCCUUCUGCUCAUCUUUUCACGAUCACAUAGGCUGGAGCAAUCGUAGUUACCCACUCGUUUCAGCACCGGCCAAAAUGUUCUCCAAGCUUUUGUCUACCGCUGCGGUGGUCCUGGCAGCCACCCAGCUCGUUUCAGCUCAGACCUAUACUGACUGCGAUCCCACCAAGAAGACGUGCCCCGAUGACCCUGCUCUAGGUACUACUGUCACCGUUGACUUCACCAAGGGAGCGAACAGCCUGUUCAAGGUUGCCGAUGGUACUACGCUCACCUACGGCAGUAAAGGUGCUGUCUUCACCAUCAACAAGGAGACUGAGGCCCCCACCAUCACCAGCAACAAGUACAUCUUCUUCGGCAAGAUCGAUGUUGAGGUCCAGGCUGCCCCCGGCACCGGUGUAGUUACUAGCUUCGUGCUACAGUCCGACGACCUUGACGAGAUCGACUGGGAGUGGCUUGGUGGUGACACGACUCAGGUCCAGACCAACUACUUCGGUAAGGGUGAUACUACCACCUACGACCGUGGUGCCUACCACGAUGUUGCCAACCCCCAGGAGAACACCUACAAGUACUCUAUCGACUGGACUAAGGAUUACGUCCGCUGGUAUAUCAACGACGCCCAGGUUCGCGAGUUGAAGUAUGCCGAUGCUCAGAGCGGCACCCGAUUCCCCCAGACUCCUAUGCAGAUCAAGCUUGGUACCUGGGUUGCUGGUCGUUCCGAUGCUCCUGAGGGUACCGUCCAGUGGGCUGGUGGCAAGACCGACUUCAGCCAGGCGCCCUUCAUUGCUUACUACAAGUCCCUCACUAUCCAGGACUACAGCAACGGUGUUGCGAACGCUGUGAAGUACUCUUGGGCUAACGGCUCCGACGGUUCUUACCAGAGCAUCAACGUCAUCACUGGUGACGCUAGCAGCGAUGAUGAGACUAGCUCUAGCAGCUCUGCUUCUAGCACUGCCAAGUCUACUAAGACUUCUUCUGAGAUCACUUCCAUCAAGACUUCUGCUAAGAACACCCUAACCACCGUCACCGCCAGCGCCAGCGCCAGCGCCUCUGCUACCGCCUCCGCUUCUGCCUCUGCCUCUGCCUCUGCCUCUGAGUCCGCGUCUUCCAGUGGUAGCGAGACCUCGGCUGUUGCUGAUAGCAGCAGCAGCGCCUCUGCCACUGCUCCUCCCGCCAGUAUACCCACUACCGGCGGUGCUAUGAAGGCUGGUUUCAGCACCGCUGCUAUCGGUGCCUGCCUCAUGGCCGCUUUCAUGUUGUAAAUGCAUCUCAUGUCGAAUUUUGCGAAUAGCGCUAUUUUUUAGGCAUUUGUGAAUUGGUGAUCUGUGGUUUCCACUGCUACGAACCGGCCGUCUUUACUUCUUCUGAACGAUCCUUUUGCACAUAGCUAGAGCUCGAUUGUCCUCCUGAACGCCUUGUAGAAGGCCGCGGGAAAGACGAUCCGCCUCUUUACAUCCAAUUUAUUGCUUAUAAUUACGGUUCACGUGGAUUGCCUGGGCUUGACGUCCAGCAGACUACCGGCCGCUGUGGUGCUCCGGCGAACGGGAUGGGUCAGUCAUCGGAACGAUUAAUUGCAUGUAUAUGGAGUUGAAGAGACGAUACCUAAGCCGAGGUUAUUUGGGGACGAGUUAUAUAUAUAGGAUUGGGCGGAAUCUUGCAAGCUUGAUGGCUGUGCUGCCAUCCAACACAUGAUACCAAGACGUACAGAAAAUAUAAAUGUUCAUUUUGCAGCCA